GGCACGCAUUAGGCAGUGGAUCAGAGCAAGGCGGAGGGCCGAGGGCAAGGAAAACUGGUGUGCUCGCGGCGGGCAUCAGUCGGCUUAGCCUCGCUCGCGGGGACCCUGCAGAGAAGAACACACCAGUCAGUUUUUCAAGGGAAAAACCUGAGCCAGGAGCCAAUCCCUGAUCUCCACAAACUUAAUAUUGUGUAGAUUAUUUUACCACCUGAGAUCCCAGUGGCUUCAUCUGUGCAAGAAAAGAGAGAGAGAGAAAAAAAAAGAUAAAACCUUGGCCUGUCUGAAGAUGAGGUGGGGGAUCAUCCAAGUACAGUACUGUUUUCUCUUGGUUCCGUGCCUACUGACCGCUCUGGAAGCUGUUCCUAUAGAUGUGGACAAGACCAAAGUACACAACGCUGAGCCGGUGGAAAGUGCAAGGAUAGAGCCACCAGAUACUGGACUUUAUUAUGACGAAUACCUGAAGCAAGUGAUUGAAGUCUUGGAAACAGAUCCACAUUUCAGAGAAAAGCUCCAGAAAGCAGACAUAGAGGAGAUAAGGAGCGGGAGGCUGAGUCAAGAGCUGGACUUAGUAAGUCACAAAGUGAGGACGAGACUGGAUGAACUGAAGAGGCAAGAAGUAGGAAGACUGCGGAUGCUUAUCAAAGCUAAGCUGGAUGCCCUUCAAGACACUGGCAUGAAUCACCACCUUCUUCUGAAGCAGUUUGAACACCUGAACCACCAGAAUCCUAACACAUUUGAAUCCAGAGAUUUGGAUAUGCUAAUCAAAGCAGCUACCGCGGAUCUGGAGCAAUAUGACCGGACUCGGCAUGAAGAGUUUAAGAAGUACGAGAUGAUGAAGGAACACGAGCGCAGAGAGUAUUUAAAAACACUGAAUGAGGAGAAGAGAAAAGAAGAAGAGUCCAAGUUUGAAGAGAUGAAGAAGAAGCAUGAAGACCACCCCAAAGUUAAUCAUCCCGGAAGCAAAGAUCAACUAAAAGAGGUUUGGGAAGAGACUGAUGGAUUGGACCCUAAUGACUUUGACCCCAAGACAUUUUUCAAAUUACAUGAUGUUAACAACGAUGGAUUCCUGGAUGAACAAGAAUUAGAAGCACUAUUCACAAAAGAGUUGGAGAAAGUGUAUAACCCGCAAAAUGCAGAGGACGAUAUGAUAGAAAUGGAAGAGGAGAGACUCAGGAUGAGAGAACACGUCAUGAGUGAGAUUGAUAACAACAAAGAUCGAUUGGUGACUCUGGAGGAAUUCCUGAGAGCUACAGAGAAGAAAGAAUUCCUAGAGCCCGAUAGCUGGGAGACACUGGACCAGCAACAGUUAUUCACUGAGGAAGAGCUUAAAGAAUAUGAAAGCAUUAUUGCUAUUCAAGAGAGCGAGCUCAAGAAGAGGGCAGAUGAGCUGCAGAAGCAGAAGGAGGAGCUGCAGCGGCAGCACGACCACCUCGAGGCGCAGAAGCAGGAGUAUCAUCAGGCCGUACAGCAGCUGGAACAGAAGAAAUUUCAACAAGGCAUUGCUCCAUCAGGGCCAGCGGGAGAGCUGAAGUUUGAGCCACACACAUAAAGUCCUGCUGUCUGCCAGAACUUGGAAGAAAACCGUUGAUUCAACAUCUGUUUCAUCUUUCAACAUCCCUUCUUUUCUCUCCACUCAAUAAAUACUUUAAAGCACAUUUGGAAUAAAGGAAGAGACUUUUAAGUGAGAA